GAAAAAACAUUUUGCCAAACCACAGGAGAAGGGGAAUAGGGGAUCAUCAUUGGUUCUCUCAUUGUCUUGAGUCUUAACUGGGAACAAGGCAAAGACCCUUUCCUUAAAAGUCAAAUGCAAAACAAUAAACACUUGUUCUUCGUUUAUUUUUCAAUUUCAAUUCCAAUUCCAUUCCUAGUUUCAUCCAAUUUCAAUUCCAGUUGCAAUUCUCUUUCCCAAAUUCCCUCUCAACACAACCUUCUCCCUCUGCUCCAUUCAAUCCACGGUGGGUCUUAAUUCUCCACCGUGAUCCUUCUCGUUUUCGAUCAUUUCCAACAGUUCCCUCAUCUGGGUAUUCUAAAUCACCUUUCAAAUUUGAAGCACCCUUGAUCCCGUGGUCAAAGUUUGUAGCUUUGACUUUUUCUCUUGGUGUGUCAAAAUGGGUGGGAGCGAGAACUCGAAGGGCGUUGUUGUGGGUCAUUUGAUUGAGUCCGUGAAGGACAUUUCUGGGUUGCCAGAAUGCCAAAACUUUUGCAAGACUAUGUAUGGGAAUUUGGUUCGCAGGGUGAAGCUGUUGAGUCCUCUGUUUGAGGAACUCAAGGAUAGUGAUGAGUCCUUAAGCGAUGAACAGCUUCAAGCCUUUGAAUCUCUCAGGGUUGCUUUGGAUUCAGCUAAGACCCUUUUGAAGUCUGUGAACCAAGGGAGUAAGCUUUAUCAGGCUUUGCGGAGGACUGAUACGGCAGGUAAGUUCCGACAAAUAACCGAAAAAAUUGAAGCUGCGCUGGGUGAAAUUUCAUAUGACAAACUUGAGAUAUCAGAGGAAGUUCAAGAACAGAUUGAAUUGGUGCAUGCUCAAUUCAAAAGAGCCAAAGCUCAAACAGAAUUUGCUGAUAUACAAUUAGACCUGGAUAUGGCAGUAGCACAGAAAGAAAAAGACCCUGAUCCUGCUAUACUUAAAAGACUUUCUGAGAAGUUGCAUCUUAGGACAAUAAAUGACCUAAAGAAAGAGUCUAGCGAAUUACAUGAAUUGGUUAUUACUAGCACAAGCGGAGAACUUGGGGACUCUUUAGAAAUGAUCUCGUCCCUUCUUAGGAAACUAAAGGACUGUGUGCUCACAGAAAAUCCUGAAACUGACGCCACUGAAAGUGAAAAAGUCUCAGUUAAGCACAGGUCUCCUGUAAUACCGGAUGAUUUUAGAUGUCCCAUAUCUCUUGAACUAAUGAAAGAUCCUGUAAUUGUCUCUACUGGUCAGACAUAUGAAAGAGCCUGCAUUCAGAAAUGGCUUGAUGCUGGUCAUAAAACCUGUCCCAAGACACAGCAGACACUUUUGCAUACAGCCCUUACACCUAACUAUGUUUUGAAGAGUCUGAUAGCUUUAUGGUGUGAAAGCAAUGGUGUUGAGCUACCAAAGAAGCAAGGUAGCUGUAGAGCAAAGAAAUCUGGAAGCAGCCUUUCAGACUGUGAUCAAACUGCCAUUAGUGCUUUAUUGGAUAAACUGAUGAGUAAUGAUAUAGAACAGCAAAGGGCAGCUGCUGGUGAGCUCCGUUUGCUGGCUAAGAGGAAUGCAGAUAACAGAGUGUGUAUUGCUGAGGCAGGAGCAAUACCGCUUCUGGUAGAUUUGUUGUCUUCUUCAGAUCCUCGAACUCAGGAACAUGCUGUUACAGCACUUCUCAACCUGUCCAUUAAUGAGAGUAACAAAGGAACUAUAGUAAAUGCAGGAGCUAUACCAGAUAUUGUAGAUGUACUGAAAAAUGGAAGCAUGGAGGCGAGAGAAAAUGCAGCUGCAACUCUCUUUAGUUUAUCCGUUCUAGAUGAAUACAAGGUUGCAAUAGGUGCAGCUGGUGCUAUCCCUGCUCUUAUAAAUUUACUUUGUGAAGGUACUCCCAGAGGUAAGAAGGAUGCUGCUACUGCUAUAUUUAAUCUGUCUAUAUAUCAGGGAAACAAAGCACGAGCCGUAAAAGGCGGCAUAGUAGCCCCACUGAUACAAUUUCUGAAGGAUGCUGGAGGUGGGAUGGUAGAUGAAGCACUAGCUAUAAUGGCAAUUCUUGCAAGCCAUCAUGAAGGCAGGAUAGCAAUUGGUCAGGCUGAGCCAAUCCCUAUUAUAGUUGAUGUUAUACGAACCGGAUCUCCACGCAACCGGGAGAAUGCUGCUGCUGUCUUGUGGUCACUUUGCACGGGAGAUGUACUGCAGUUAAAACUAGCAAAGGAGCAUGGUGCAGAAGAAGCAUUACAGGAAUUAUCAGAAAAUGGAACUGAUAGAGCUAAGAGAAAAGCUGGAAGUAUAUUAGACCUCUUACAGCGAAUGGAAGGAAAUGAUAAUUUUCAAAAUUCUUAGUCUGGGUGUUACUUCAUUGUACUGUUCAUAGAAGAUUAGAAAAUUAUGUAUUUAUAAACCAUGGCCCCGAGUAGUCUGGGAUAAUACUCUAUUCCUUCUCUUCUUUUUUUUUAGUUGCUGGAAGAUAAGCAGGCAAAUUGUGCAGGAACUUUGUAUUAUGUUUGUCAUUUGUCUGUAAAGGGAAAUGUUGUAAAAUGUAAUAAAUUUUGACUCAGGUAAAGGUAGCAAUUUUUUAAACUUUCUGCUGC